UCACGUGACACUGCCCCUCCCGGAAGUCAUGUGACACCGGGAGUACCCUGCCGCCGGUGCUCACGGUCGCUCCGCUCCGCUAUGGCCUCACUGCUGUGCUGCGGGCCCAAGAUGGCCGCCUGCGGGCUCGUCCUCAGCGCCUGGGGCGUCAUCAUGUUGGUCCUCUUGGGUAUCUUUUUCAACGUCCACUCCGCUGUCCUCAUCGAAGACGUCCCCUUUACCGAUGAAGACUUCAAGGACGGCCCCGAGCGGAUUUAUCGGCUUUACGAGCAGGUCAGCUACAACUGCUUCAUCGCUGCUGGGCUUUACGCCCUCCUGGGGGGCUUCUCCCUCUGCCAGGGGCGCCUCAACAAGCGCAAGGAGUACAUGGUCCGGUAGGGGCCCCCCAGAAUAAAAGGGGGGGCCCCUCCCAGAUGAAAAGGAACCCCUUAAAUUCAAAGGAAUCACACCCACAAAUCCAAGGGACCCCCCCCCCAAGGACCAUUUUGGCUCUCCCGGAGCGCCACAGGCCAGUACGGACCAAUAAAAAAACCUCCUUCCGA